AUGGAAGACACGGUACAGAUCUCGCAGGCUAUGGAUGCAUUGGCCAAGACGAUUCUUGCAAGAAGGUUGCAGCAACAGAAAGAUGGCGAAAGUGACCCCCAGCAGCGUUGGCGAGAUCUGAAAGGAGCGUUGGAUCCGAUUUUGGCUCUGCAGCGCGAUGAGGCGGGGAAUACGGUCGAAAUGGACAGCGUACCUCUCACCAGCAGCCCGAGCCCGAGGCUCGAGCUUCUGGAGCGGAACGGUCAGAAAUUCGCUUUGGUGCCGGUGAAGCGCGUCUCGAACGGCUACAGUCAGGCAUCCCGCAGUGGGGCUACAGCAACGACGUCGCCGUCGCCGGGCUGGCCGGCUGCGCCGGCGAAGAGCAAGAAAAAGAAGAAAAAUAAAAUCCCAUGCUCUUACUGCCACGAAACGGGUCACACGCGUGCACACUGCGAAAAUAGGCUUUUGAAUUCCACUUGA